AUGGCCCGGUGGUGCGGAUGGACCCUGUGCUUCACCUUCACGGCUUGGGCGUGGCCGGGGACGAUGGCCGAGGACGACUGCGUCGAGCUGGGAACCGAGAUGAGAAUGCUGCAGCUGGGUACCGCUGUGGCAGAGACUGAGCACCUGAGCGAAUCGCUUCAUGGAAAGGAUGCGCAGAGACUGACUGCGGGACGGCAUCUACGGAAUUGUGGUCACCUGCUGGGCGACGAAUGUGAUCCAAGCGCCAACUUCUUUUGCAGUAACAACUGCCCGGUGCAUUCGCACGGCGAGGAUUGCUAUCGACCAGUGCCCCAGGUCAUGGCGGAGCACCCGGGAGAGGAUGGUUACUGCUACUUCAACUUCACUGGCUUUUGGGUGAGCCCUUUGAAAGACGAAGAUCCGGACUUUGUGGACUACGCCAUACAGGGCAUCAAUGGUCUGAGAGGCCCGGACUACCAUGGGCACAACCAGGGCCGGCUGCUGAAGUAUCACUUCGAGGGCCAGGUGGUGACCACUUACAUGGACUCAAGCCACUACUCCUUUGAUGAUCUCUAUGGCUACUCCUUGGGAUACUUGCAGAACCAGGGCUUGGAGCCCUCUAUGAUGAAGAACAGCAGUCAUUGGAUCGAGCUCUCGAAGCAGAAGUGCCUGGAGAUCCAAGAAAAAUACCACUUUCAAGAUGAAGAGUUGGUCUUAGCCGACUGGUUGGACGACAAUCAGGCCCUGGCCACGAAGGUCUUUUGUGCGGCCAAUCUUUCGAUGGAAUUGACGUUGCCGUCGAUCAAAGCAAGGGCCAAUUACAAGAGCAUGCAGGACUGCGAGCCCAUCACGGCCCGAGACUUUGCCAAGCAUCACUACAUCAAGUGCCUCCUGGGAUAUCCGAACUCAGCCUCAGAUGGGGCAUACUUGAACGUCCGCGCAUGUCUCCUGGAAGGGAACCACAUUGGAAUGGGCAGCGUCUCGGGGCAUGAGCUCGUGGCAGCGGUGAGCAACGCCGGGGGCAUCGGUACCUUGGGUGGAGUGACCUUCGAGGUGCAAGGCUUCCGGAAGGAGAUCCAGGAAGUGAAGCGCCGCUUGAACCCGGGGAGACCCUUCGGUGUGGACUUGUUGAUCCCCAAGCUGGGCGGCACCGCGCGGGCCACCAACAAGGACUACACCCACGGCGCUUUGCCAGAGAUGGUCGACAUCAUGAUCCAGGAAGGCCUGGCCACGGGGCUUCUGGUCCGCCAUGCACCGAAUUUUCCGUAUGCAGAAGCGAAAGCCACAUGA